CCGCCAAAGCCACGAUACUACUUCAGCCACACCAAAUACCACACCACUAUGUGGCUUUGCCGCUUUGUAACGAAGGUGCGGUUGACAUGCAGUUGGUUGGCACCAUCCUUCCUAAUCCUCCAGCCGCCUUUUCUUUGUCGGAAGCGUGGAAGUUGUCGUUGUGUCAGCUUUCCUCCUUCGUGUGCCCUAACCCCCAAGGUGUCAAGACGUUUGUCUAUUUCGAGGUCGCGCGACAAUCAAGGACUUUUAUUUCGGAACAAUAGAAGUUAAUUACUCGUCAGAUCAGGCAACUUUCGACGUCAUGGCCUAAAAAGUUGGCGCAUUUACGGAUUACUCCCUGACAAUCUACGGCGUUUAAGUCCGAGAUCCGAACCUUCGUCUCGGAUUUCCGAGAAGCUUACCUUCUCAAAAGUUGCUUGAUCAUUCACUCACUUGUCCCCGAUGUCUCACAAAUUUGAUCUCCCUCGGGGCUUUGCCAACUUGCGUGCAAUACCAUAUAUCCGUGGAUUCACUACCGGAACAAUGGCAGACGCCCAGGCUAACAACAUGCCUCCCGUACAAGAGGAUGAUGAGAAUGAUCAUGAUAGCGGACAUGAAGAACAUAGUCAGGGUCCAGCUCGGAAACGUCAGAGAGUCAGACUGUCAUGCUUAGAAUGUCGUCGUCGAAAGCUUUCAUGCUCUAGGGAGCUGCCAUGCGAUCGCUGCAUCAAGUCCGGUACACCCGACAGGUGUACUUAUGAAUCGAGGCCUGGCGCAAUCGCAGCACCCGCCCCCGUAGGAGACAGAUCAUCUCUUGCGCCUGCUGCUCCUCCUCCGGUAAUGUUUGGUUCUGACGUUCGCCGUCCGUCUGUGAACCUCCCCGCAGCGCGUCCUAGUGAGUCCUCGCUGCUCAGAGACGCUGCACGUGAUCAUGAGCGAAUUCGUCGUCUUGAGCUCGAAGUCGCUCAAUUAAGAGGGACUUUAUCAUCGAAGCAAUCUUCACUUGAUGGAAGCACUAUAGUAGCCUCGCCUUCAACUUUUAAGGAUUCGGUUAAAGACGGUCAAUCUGUGCCAUCUAAUCCUUCCUUCACUCCACAAAAUAUCGAUGCACCUGAGUAUCAACACCUACGAGGACACGACUUUAAGACCAAAUACUUCGGCCCACACAAUGCCUGGUCUUCACUCCAGGAACUCACCGGCAUCUUUGGCUUUAUGAGAGAGACGGCCGAGGAAUGGCUUAAACCCCUCAAUAUUCAAAAGAAGGACCGCAGGAAGCGAAAGGAAGACCGCGAGAAGAAAGCUACUGAAGGCGAUAUCGUUCUAGAGUCGCUGCUCCCCUCUAAAGAGGAAACAGAUGCUCUAGUCGCUGUCUAUCUAGACCAGUUCGAGCAGAUUCAUCGGAUCGUUCACAUUCCUACCUUUAAAGCUGAGUAUGAGGCGUUCUGGGAUCCUUCUAAAACGAAAACCGCCUCGUUCACAGCCCUUGUACUGUCUAUGAGUGCUGUCUCCUGUUGCCUUGACAUGCAAUCAUCUAGCAAAUUUGUAGGCGUCAAAUCCAGCUCAAUUCAGAUGGCCGAGAAAUGGGUCAGGGCUUGUGAUGAGUGGUACGAGCGACAAAGUCAAAAGCAUCGCAAGCUGGUUCAUUAUCAAAUCGCCAGCCUGCUCUUUCUUGCCAAGAAGGUCAAUCUCAUAAAGAAGAAGCGGUUUUGGACCACAUCUGGAAAGAUGAUCCGUGAAGGACUUGCGAUUGGACUUCACCAAGACCCCGAUCAUAUAACGGCGAAAAUCUCUCCUUACAUCGCAGAGAUGCGACGAAGAUUAUGGGCUACCAUGGUCGAGUUUGACGUUCAGUCGUCGUUUGACCAAGGGCUCCCAACACUUCUCUGCUCAGUUCAUAAUGAUGCAGAUACGCCUAAGAAUAUCGAAGAUGACUCUUUCGAUGAGAACUCACAAGAUCUUCCCGUUUCACUCCCGGCAAGCCAUUAUACACAUACAUCAUACCAAAAUAUCAGCCGCCGAAGUCUCGCGCUUCGGGUUGAGCUCAACAAGAUAUUGACGGGACCGCCAGUAGAGCUUGAAUGGGAACAGGUUCUUCAGUACGGUGACAUGAUUACUCAUGAGAUUGAUCAGCUGCCGGCAUGGGAUCUGGAAACUGAUAAGGAUUCGGAACAAAAGCCGAUCCUAGCUCACACCUUACUACAUCUCCAGCUCAGGCAGUACCUCAUUCCACUGCAUCAACCGUACCUAAAACUUAGGAAGUUCAACUCAAAAUACCAGACGGCAGAACUCAUAUACUACACUGCCGCGCGGGAUAUCGUUAUGAUGCAUGAUAGGCUCUACCAGAAGGGAAUUCGGACCUUGUAUUUCCUUCGUGAGGAUACGAUGAAUUCCGUCAUCAAUCUUUGCAAUGUGACAUUACACCAGCCAAAAGAUUCGAUGAGUUUGGUCAUGUCAAAUGCACAGGAGACUCUCAGGCUCAUCGAGAGAUGCAUCACGAUGAAGGAAGACCGUGUAUUAAGAUGUGGAAAUAAUGACCCGUGGGGUUAUUCAUCGAUGUGCGCAGCUUUCGGCCUCUUGGAGACUCAUAUGGGAAUCAAGACGGCGGAUGCUGCCAAGGCAUCGGCGGCUGAGCGGUUUAUCGGGUUACACUAUAGGUUGCUGGCGUUCCAAAUUCCACCAUACCCCAACCCGUCACAUUCUCAUUCUACUUCGCCGCAAGCAGCUCAGGAUCCAAUCAGCCGAGCUAAGUCUAUCACUCCAUUCCCCAUGGACGCGACACCAUCAAUGGCAAUGGCUACCACGCCUUACCAACAGCGGGAAGGCCUACCAAUGUCGAUGCCAUGGUUAUUACCUGCGUCAGAUUCCAGCCAAAUUCCGGUCCCAAACCCCGAUUUCAACUUUGAGAUGCUUGGCUCCGAUCUCAACGACCUGUGGGGGGAUUGGGGUGGUGAAUUUGCGUGAAAUGGCUUCUACGGAUUUGUAUAAGGAAUCUUUUAAGGAUAAUGGUUUAAUAUUAUGGAUGCUAGGUGUUGGCGGUCUUGUAGAAACAUGAGUUUAGUCACCUUUCACUUAUGUAAGGGACGGAAAAUAUAGCUAAGAUACCCUGAUGCCCGAUAUGAAUUGAUUGAGCACGAAGGCUAAUUAUUCUAUAUACCUUUUACACACUGACCUAAGCAUGUCAAAUUGUCUCUAAAGAUCUAUCGUUCUAAAUUCCGCCGGAUUCAACAAAUAUUUGCGCUAGGUAGGCAGCGAUACUGCGUCGUGUUAUCUCAAUCCGGUCAUUCUUCCGAUGAUCUUAGACACAGCCCCGCGGGGACUGCAGUGCGCCUCAGAUGAACGGCAAAAUACGCUACUCAAUAGUUCCUUGCAGGGUUCGAAUCCUUCGACGGUCCGGGUGCAAGCCACUUGUCUCGCCAAAAUGCCCCGACCUGGCGACUGG